AUGAUUGAGAAGGUUGACAUGGUAAUCCAUCAAGCAUUGCCACCGAAGCGAAAGGAUCCAAGUAAGUUUACUAUUUCUUGUAAUAUUGGUGGAGUGAAGAUCCCACAUGCUCUAUGUGAUUUAAGAUCUAGUAUAAAUUUCAUAACGCUAAAAAAAGUCAAAGAAUUAAAAGUGGGUGAGAUAAGACCAAGUAACAUGACUCUCACUUUUGCUGAUUCAUCUGUUACUCAACCACUUGGUAUAUUACGAGACGUGUUAGUACAUGUCGAUGGAGUGUAUCCUUCUGGUUUUGUAGUGCUUGAUACAAAAGGAUAUUCAGGAGCGGUUGUUAUUCCCGGGCGGCCAUUCUUGGCAACUGGGAAAGCAAAGAUAGUUGUAGAAACUGGCGAACUUGUCUUGAAGUUUAACAAAGAAAAAAUGGUUUCUAAGGUGUAUGACUGGACACAGUAUGUGGAGGACUUGGAUACUUGCUACCAUCUGGAGGAAAAAGUUGCAAGUGAGUUACUUGAGGACAAGAAACAAUUCAAGUUUGGGAUUGUGAUGGCAAUUCGUCAUUGCAUGAUUUUAGUCGAAGAAUCGGAUCAAAACAAGUGA